UUUCUUCUUCUUCACACGGGAGCUGUUUAAAAACCGCCCACUGACGCGCACGUCUCCAGCUCGAGAUACGCGACCAAAACCAACCAGCCCCAUCACAAUACAGUUACACUCUUCUGACGGGGAUAUUUCACGCGACAGCGGGCUUGUCGGGAGAGGCGCGUUAUUUUGGCCUGGAUCGGGAUCGCGUCGGAUCGGACGAGCUACAAGUCUCCUCUGUAGAAAAUAACAACACGGGCCAUACACUGGUGCACACUGACGCUAAGGGAUUCAAAGGGGUGAGGGGUGAAAUAUUGGACCUCCCAGCUAUUCUCCUCCAAUGUCCCAGAGACGCUAUGACUGUUAUCGGGGCACCAAACUGCUGAGUGAAAACCCCUGAAACGGCCCUCCGACUUGCUCUUACCCAGAUAUGAAGGAGGUGAGGCUGUGGACAGCCAGUGACGUCUCUGAUUGGCUCACAGACGAAGGCUUGCAGGAGUACACGGACGCGUUGCGAAAUGUGGAUGGCCCUGCCCUCUUGAGACUUUCUGAGGAAGACUUUAAGGCCUCGCCUUUGUCUCUGGUCACAGGGGACAGUGGUCGACAGCUUUUGGAACACAUAGAGACUCUGCGCUUCACCAGCCACAUGAAGGCGCGCGAAAACAGCCACCACACCAACGGUCACGCUGGCAUCGCUCUCUCCAACGGCAGCGUGAGCAAUGGCAAGAUCCACAACGGCAUUCCAAAGAACGGCUUGCAUUCGGAGCCGAUUCGCAUCUUGAUUCCAACGCUGGCUGAGCAGGAGCGCACGCCGUACCCCACGGAGUGGUUCAAAACAGGUGUGGCCUUCCUCUACGCUCUGUUCUGCUUCCUCACGACAACAGUUGUGAUCUCAGUGGUGCACGAGCGUGUCCCGCCAAAGGAAGAGUCUCCGCCCCUGCCGGAUAAAUUCUUUGAUCUGUUUGAUCGUGUGGAGUGGGCGUUUUCCAUCUGUGAGAUCAAUGGCAUGCUGCUUGUGGGACUGUGGUUUACGCAGUGGCUUCUGCUUAAACACAGGUCCAUAAUCGGUCGCCGGUUCUUUUUUAUUGUGGGAACUCUGUAUUUGUACAGAUGCGUGACCAUGUAUGCUACAACAUUACCUGUGCCAGGCAUGCACUUCAAGUGCUCCCCAAAGCUCUUCGGUGACUGGGAGGCUCAGUCACGGCGGGUAAUGAAAAUGAUGGCCGGCGGUGGCCUGUCAAUCACUGGCUCUCACUCUUUGUGUGGAGAUUACUUGUACAGUGGACACACAGUGAUGCUGACACUAACAUACCUCUUUAUUAAAGAGUAUUCCCCACGAAGGUUCUGGUGGUAUCACUGGAUCUGCUGGUGUCUGAGUGCCAUCGGUAUCUUCUGCAUCUUGUUGGCUCAUGAUCACUACACCAUUGACGUGGUAGUGGCCUACUUCAUAACCACACGCCUCUUCUGGUGGUACCACACAAUGGCCAAUCAGCAGGCUCUAAAGGAAAUUUCCACUGGCAACCUGUUCUCUCGCGUGUGGUGGUUCGGCCCAUUCCAAUACUUUGAGAGUAACGUCCGUGGCAUCGUGCCUCGAAACUACCAGCUGCCAUUCUUGUUGCGAACAAUGACGAGCGCCCGCGUUAAGUACAGUAAGCUGGACUCCCGUGAAUCAUGACCCACGGCUCCUGAAUCGGUUGGAGCUCUGUGAGACUCUAAAACAGAAACUACUCUUCCCGUCAAGCCCUGCAAAACUGGUUGAGCACUGUGACGCAUAUACGCAGAUCAUUUUGUAGUAUUUGAAGCAUUUCAAUGUCCCUAGCAGGUAUGUGUGUGUAGAGCAGAACGUCUAACAACUGGAUUUAAUUUGCUGCUCUUUACAACAGUUAAAAAUGGCCAUGCCUCCGUCUGAUAGGCAUAUAAGCUUUUUGUUGUCUUCUCGAUGGACCUGGUCUGGUAGAAUAUGUCACUAAAGUUAAUUUACCUGCCAAAACUGUACUGAAUAAACUGGAACCCUUACAGUAACAGAUUUUCUUUUUAAAAAAAAAACAUCUUUUUGUAAUAAUUUUAUUAAUUCUGGAGUAAGACUUUUUCUAAAUAUUUCACAGGUUUAUUUUACAAAACAAAAAAGUGUCGUCCAAAUAGAAUAUCUUUUGUAGAUUUGUACUUUCCUGAAAGCUGGGACCUGUACAGCUUCAGUGUUUUCUAGUGCCUUUCUUCCAUACACAGAUAUAUAUUUCAACAUGCAGAACAUACACUAUAAUAUAUACACACAUACAUCAGUACACUCACCUUGUAGAUGCUUUAACAUUUUUAUAAUGUGUUAACCCGCAAUGUUGUCUAUCUGAACGUCUAAAUGUUUAGUUUGGCCUGUGAUCAUUAAGAGAGGCAGCAUGUUUUUAAAGAAGCUUUGAAUGUGGGAGGGCUGUUCUGCCUUUCACGUUACGACAGUCCUUUAAAUCAAACCCUAAACACACACGCACCUCCCAGUGUUUAAAAUUAAUGAUUGUGUUCAGUUAUUCAUUAUUUAAGCUUUACUUUUUCUUUUAAGUAUCGUCAAUUGGAUACAGAUGGAAUAAAGGAGGGACUAGUUUUGACAGUUGGAUAUAGUGUUCGGUUGACAAAACACUGCUCAAACUUGAUUGAAGAACGCGUUUUUUAACAUGCAAAAUGCAGUGAUUGUGGUCACAGAAAUCUCUGUAGGGUAUGUUUACAUAGCAAAACAACUAAAAGUGGCGCAGAUGUGUGCCAGAACGCAUAUCGUGUGAAUGGCCUCAGUCUGCGUUUCGUUAACUCAUUUGAUGCACCAAAGUUUUAAUCACAAGUUUUACCGCAAAAUAGUUUUCAUAAAGAAUCAAAGCUAGACUUUGGAAACCAUCCUAAGGAAAGUCAGAAAAGAUUUAUUUUUUACAAACCGAAUGUUUACAAUAUUACACUAAUGAUGAAAGUGUGCUCAUCUGUCAAAGUAAAUGACCCUUAUAUGUGUAGUUUUAAACUAUAAAAGAUUUGGUAAAAGAAGGUAUUUGAGGGCUCCUUUUUUUUUUUUAAUGUGAAGUGUCUCUGCUCAAAAUGUGCUUCUGCUAGCCAAAGGGAAUCAUCGAGUUUCUUGCUAAACAGCCCGAAGUGUUGUAAACGUCCUGGAGCAAGAACCAAAUAGAAACCCGGUGGUGUUUGUGACAGGCAGACUGAAUGAGUCUGACUGACUGAAGUGUGAAUGUACAAUCAGUUACUGUACAGAGUCUAGAACCGGAAGGAUAAUCAGACGCACUUUAAAAAGUCGCCCGGCCACACACUUCACUUCAGUGACCUGCAUGCUAAUAAACCUGGAGGGCAAAGACACGGUUUUAUUAUUCCCCCAAGCAACAGCCUGACUGAUGAUGAUGAUGGUUCAAUGCGUUGUCUUUUAAAUGAAACUAAGAGUGGAAUCAGACCUGUGAAUGUCCGACAUGUACAAAUAUGCAGCCAAAAUGUAUGUAACAUUUGUUGUGGAUAUGAAUGGCUGCAGUAUGCCACAUAGUUUUAUCGUUUUGGGGUUUUUUGAGACCAUGGAAAAGUCAUGAAAACCAGUGUUGGGUUAUAAAAUAUUUUAAGUUCUAAAUAAUAAAGUGUUUGUUUAUUUAAUUGGGAAUCCAGAUUGUUAAGCUGUUAAUUUAGCUUUGUGUUACACUGCCAACUGAUUGACUUGAGAAGUGAACAGUGUUGGCUUAUGACUGUAAAUGCAUGUUAUUGUUUUGUGUUGUUUUGUUUCCUUUUCUUUGUCAAUCAUAAAUCCAGCAUUGUCAAAUUACUUUACAUUGUCUAAUGUAAACCUGUGUGCUAAACAAUCUCUUAAUAUGAGACAAAGGAGUGGGGCAGAUAUUGAAUAAAAAAUUUAAUAUUCUG